UCAUGCUGCUGCCAGGUCCAGAGUCUCUCAUGGGUCCCUGUACGGCCUCCCAUUGCUGCUGUCUCCAUCGCCACACUCUGCCAUGUGCCACUUUCAGGUCUCCUCACACUGCUGGUGUGUUCAAUUUUUUGACAUAGGGUGCUGGCAGAUUACGGGCCUCCCAUAGCUGCUGCCAGGCCCCUAAUCUGCCAUGGGCCCCUAUACCGCCUCCUCAUGCUGCUGCCAAGUCCAGAGUCUCUCAUGGGUCCCUGUACGGCCUCCCAUUGCUGCUGUCUCCAUCGCCACACUCUGCCAUGUGCCACUUUCAGGUCUCCUCACACACUGCUGGUGUGUUCAAUUUUUUGAC